AUGUCCAAGCCUGUUGUGCUUAUCCUCGGAGCUGGCGCCAAUGUAGGCACAGCCGUGGCCCGCAAAUUUAGCCAAGAUGGGUAUCAGGUCGCAGUUUCUGCUCGUCGCAUUGCAAACGGCAUCUCACCUGAGGGGUAUAUCACGAUUCAAGCCGACCUGUCUGAGAAAACGGCAGUUCCUCAAAUUUUCGAGAAAGUGAAAUCUGCGGCCGGAAUCCCCAGUGUUGUUAUCUACAAUGCGGCAACUUUCACUCCUCCACCCUCCAACGCUCCACUUUCACUUUCCCCGGAAGCCCUGGAUCGUGACAUCUGGGUUAAUACUCACAGCGCAAUCAUUGCCGCUGAUCACGCAGUCCGGGGUUUUGAGCAGCUCCCGGAGACUGCAACGAAAACAUUUAUCUAUACUGGAAACUGGCUGAAUAAGACUAUUUCCGCGUCCAGUGCUCUUCUCACUUUAGGGGUUGGCAAGGCAGCAAGUGCCUACUGGAUUGGCUCGGCGAAUCAGACUUACUCUCAGAAGGGAUACAGGUUUUACUAUGCUGAUCAGCGUACACCGGAGGGAACAUCAAUGCGAACUGGCGUUGAUGGUGAGGCCCAUGCCGAAUUUUUUAAGCAGCUUGCCGACUGGCAGGACCCUUCCGUGCCGUGGCUUGCUACUUUUGUCAAGGGGAAAGGAUACGUUAAUUUUUCGCCUUGA